CGUGAUCUUUGACCGCUAGACAUAAUUUUCGCGUCCUGUCUUCACAGUCCCACCUGCUAUUAUCUUUUGACAAAAUCCGUACAGCAUGACGCAACCGAAUGGUAUCCAUCCUCCGUACGAAAACAUCGAUGACCCAAUUGAUUAUUCUGACAUUGAGGCCAAGUACCAGGUCUCAUUUGAAGAAGGGUUUGAUGCCGUUGUCGUUAUUGACAAUCUCCCGAUUGUUGAUCCGUCGCGUAAAGACAAAUUGCUCCAAGUCAUAAAUAAGCACUUGAAGAAAUGUGGUUCUCCUAAGCCAGAUAAUGUCUUUAUGCCUUGGGAUGAUGCGAAGAACCAAUCGAAAGGGUACGCCUUCUUCGAGUUCUCCUCAGGAGAUGAAGCGAACAUUUGCCUGUCGACUGUCCACGGAUCCCAUUUCGACAAAUCACAUCAAUUUCUCGUAAAUCGCUUCACCGACAUUGAAAAAUUUGCUGCUCUUGAUGAAACCUACGUAAAACCAAUUAUUGAUGAAUACAAACCAAAGGAGCAUUUACGGUCAUGGCUUGCUGAUCCUCAGGGAAGGGACCAAUAUGUGACCUACCGUGACCUCGCUGUCACUGUAUUUUGGUAUGGUAAACCGAAUGUGUCUGAAGUUGUGCUUGAGCGAGAUGUCUGGACGGAGUUGUACUGCCAAUGGUCUCCUCAAGGCACUUAUCUCACCACUAUUCACCGCCAAGGUGUCCAAUUGUGGGGUGGCAGCUCCUGGUCCCCGAUAACGCGUGUCGUCCAUCCAUUCAUUAAACUCGUUGCCUUCUCCCCGAAUGAGAAUUACUUGGUUACAUGGUCCCCAGAACCGAUCACAGUGGGCAGCGUCACAGGUGCUGGUGAUAAAAGGCAGGCCACACAAUUCACAGAAGAUGACGAAGGGAACCAAAUUGCUGUUUGGGAUAUCAAGACUGGGCAGUUGCUCCGAACGUUUCUUCCUACAUCACCUAGACUUGCUGAGGAAGAUCCCGCAGCGAAUGCUGGUGCUGAAAAGCGCCGCCAAAUCCUUUGGCCAGCCCUUAAAUGGAGCGGCGAUGAUAAGUACGUGGCCCGUGUCACCCCAGGGUCUCAGAUCAGCGUGUACGAGCUGCCUGGUAUGGGCCUUGUCGACAAAAAGAGUUUGAAAAUCGAAGGUGUCAUCGAUUUUGAGUGGGCUCCUAUUGGUGAAAAGGAUCGCGAGGUGGGAGAGAAACAGUCAUCGAAAACGGCUUCAAAGAAGCCGCGAGAGAACAUACUCGCUUAUUGGACUCCAGAGAUGGAAAGUCAACCGGCUCGUGUGUCGCUGAUGGCGUUCCCAAGUCGGACAGUCCUUCGUGUCAAGAACCUAAUAAAUGUGUUUGAUGCAAAAUUCUACUGGCAAAGUGGGGGUGACUUCUUAUGCGUUAGGAUUGAUCGACAUUCCAAGACAAAAAAGACAGUCUUCAGCAGCCUCGAGAUUUUCCGCGUACGAGAAAAGGACUUCCCGGUUGAGAUCAUAGAAACAAAAUCAACUGUUCUUGACAUCAGUUGGGAGCCGACCAGCGACAGAUUCGUCAUGAUAUCCAGCACCGACCCUAACCUUGGAACGGCACCCGGAAGCGGCAUCACAAUCAGGACUGACGUCGGCUUUUAUGGUCCUGACAAGUCAAAGGGCGACUUUAAAUUAUUCAAAAAUUUAACGGGAAAGAAUACGAACAUUGUUCGGUGGAGUCCAAGAGGCAGACAUGUUGUACUAACCACAAUGGGUAAUUCGAACCACUUUGCGUUGGAGUUUUGGGAUUUGGACUUCACUAUCGACGACAAAAAGUUGCCCGCGGAUCGAGAUCCCGGAGCCAGUAUACGGCUUCUCAGUCCGCCAGGCGCAGAGCACUAUGGCAUCACCGACCUCGAAUGGGAUCCAAGCGGACGUUACGUCGCGUCUAGUGCCAGUGUUUGGAGGCACAGUAUUGAAAAUGGCUUCGCCAUCUGGGACUGGCGUGGUGUUGAGUUGGAAAAACAUAUCAUCGAUAAGUUCAAGCAAUUCCUUUGGCGCCCUCGUCCACGCUCCCUCCUAUCAAAGGGACGGCAGGAGGAGAUCCUCAGAAACCUUGCAUCGUAUAGCCGUGUGUUCGACGAGGAGGAUGCUGCGGAGGAAACUAGUGCUAGUAAGGAGCUUGUUUCCCAACGAAAAAGAUUGGUGGACGAAUGGAAUGCUUGGCGUGCCCGUGUUGAAGCUCAACGCGAAGCAGAAGGUAUUGUCGUUCCUGUCGCUCCUUCUGCCGGGACAAGUGAGGACAAAGAAGAAGUACAAGAAUGGGUCGAGGAGCUCAUCGAGACCAUUGAAGAAGUGCUGGACUAGUGUCCUUAUAUUAAUGCAUGACCUCCAGUUGUUUUGCUCACUGCUUCAUCUCCACCUUGUCCCUAUUGCCUAUCUAUGGAGUUUGCUUGACAAAUGUUGCCAAUUUUGUCCUUGUCCCGUUGGCAGCAUAAGUGACAAAUUGGGGACUGAGAAACAGUUUACAUAGUUGAAUAGCUCCUUUGAAUAGCUUCCAUUUUGAGACUGAAUUGACC